CUCUGUUCUCAGUGUCCUUUUGUCCGUGUGCUUUUUUUCUAUUACAAAUAUAUUUUUUAAAGCUUCCAGAAUAGGAAAUGAAUAUAGUAAAAUUACACAUUUUGUGUUAUUUCCUUAAUUCUUUCCAAUAUAUACAAGUUGUUGGUUGUAAAGCCAUUGUGCGCGCAUGCUCCGUCCUGCCUUUGAACCAAGAAGACAAGUAGCAUCAGCGGCUAAUCGCAACCGCUUUGACGACACAGGCGCAGCUAGCAGGUUAGCCGCGUAGCAAAUCAUGGUGAAUGUUAAGAAGCGGAAAGUUCGAAACGUGAUUGACUCUGACUCAGAAGACAGUGCUAGUGAUGACAAUUUAGAUCAGGAGCUGUUGUCCUUGGCGAAGAGGAAGAGGGUGGACUCAGGCGAGCAUGAAGAGCCUGUAAACAAACCAGCAGCGUCCACAGACUCCGAGACGUCCGACAGCGACGAUGAGUGGACCGUGGGCGGCACCAAGGGCAAAAAGAAGGUUAAGGCGGGGAAAGGCUCUGAAAAGAAGAGCGCCACUAAAAAGAAGGUCAACAAGGCCACGGCGUCCGGCAGCUCCGAUGGAGACAGCUCGGCGGACAGCUCCGCUCCCGAGGAGGGCGAGGUUUCAGAUACAGAAAGCAACAGCUCGUCCUCCAGCUCCGACUCGGACUCCUCCGAAGACGAGGUGUUCAAGGACGGCUACGACGACGACUUGAUGGGCGACGCCGAGGACCGGGCGCGCCUGGAGCAGAUGACCGAGAAGGAGAGGGAGCAGGAGCUGUUCAACAGGAUCGAGAAGAGAGAGGUGCUGCGGAGACGGUUCGAAAUUAAGAAGAAGCUGAAGACGGCAAAGAAGAAGGAGAAAGAGGAGAAGAAAAAGAAGCAGGAGGAAGAGCAAGAAAAACGGAAACAAUCUCAGGUUCAAGACACUCUGGUGGUGUCCAUGUCACAUAACAAGGAAAGGCGAUCCAAACGCGAUGAAAAACUGGACAAGAAGUCCCAAGCCAUGGAGGAACUGAAAGCUGAACGUGAGAAGAAGAAAAACAAAACGGCUGAACUGCUGGCUAAACGAGAGCCCCUCAAGACGAGCGAGGUCUACUCCGACGACGAGGAGGAGGAGGAGGAGGACGACAACAAAUCGUCGGUCAAAAGCGACCGGAGCUCACGCUCGUCGUCUUUCGACGAAGACGAGAAAGAGGAGACGCCGCCGAAGUCGCAGCCCGUCUCCCUCCCCGAGGAGCUCAACCGGGUCCGACUGUCCAGACACAAGCUGGAGCGCUGGUGCCACAUGCCCUUCUUUGCGAAGACGGUGACCGGCUGCUUCGUGAGGAUAGGGAUCGGGAACAGCAGCAGCAAACCGGUCUACAGGGUUGCUGAAAUCGUGGACGUAGUAGAAACGACAAAAGUUUAUCAACUUGGAUCAACGCGGACAAACAAGGGAUUACAGUUGAGGCAUGGGGCCGACACGCGGGUUUUCAGACUUGAGUUUGUAUCAAAUCAAGAGUUCACAGAAAGUGAAUUCAUGAAAUGGAAGGAGGCGAUGAUAGUCGCUGGGAUGCAGGUGCCAACUCUUGAUGAAAUCACCAAGAAGGAACAGUCAAUCAAAGAAGCUAUGAAUUACAAGUUCAACGAUAAAGACAUUGAGGAUAUCGUCAAGGAGAAGGACAGGUUCCGGAAAGCACCGCCUAAUUAUGCCAUGAAGAAAACACAGCUACUUAAAGACAAGGCUAUGGCAGAAGAAAAUGGUGACGGCGAGAAAGUAAAAACUAUCCAGGAUGAGCUGAAUGAGCUCGAGGAGAGAGCUGAAGCACUUGACAGACAGAGGACCAAGAACAUUUCAGCUAUCAGCUACAUUAACCAGAGGAACAGAAGCUGGAACAUCGUUGAGUCUGAGAAAGCACUUGUGGCUGAAGGGCAGAAUUCCAAAAACCAACAAAUGGACCCCUUCACUCGAAGGCAGUGCAAACCCACCAUGGUGUCAAAUGCCAGGGAUCCGUCGGUCCAUGCAGCUAUUCUUGCUCACCUGAACCAAAAGUAUGGCUCGGGGUCGGGAGGUGUAGAUCCCUCUAGCACAGAGAAGAACAAGGUGGGCCCAGCAAACCCUAAAGACAAAGAUGUCCCCAAACCAACCACUGACCUCUCAGAAGACUUGUUUAAAGUUCACGAUUUUGAUGUUAAGAUUGACCUGCAGGUCCCUAAUGCAGAAGCGAAAUCUCUCUCUGUGAGCUCCAACGCGCUGCCGGUGAAGGACGGUGCUCCUCGCCGCUCCCUCAACCUGGAGGACUACAAGAAGAGGAGGGGCCUGAUCUGACGGGGCAGCCCCUCGCGCCGAAACCACAUUGCAUGUGCUAUAGGUUUUUCUGAGAAAGCGUAUGUGUGUUUGAGUGAGCGAGAGAUAGCGUGGGUGGGUGUGUGUGUGUGUGUGUGUGAAUGUGAAUGAGUGAGUCCAGGAGAAUGUGUGUUCAUCCAAACAGAGGAAUUACUGAUGGAACAAAUGCAACAAGGAUCACUGUCGGAAGAAACAUGUUUAAAUAACUGUUGUUCUUGCAUUAGCUCCAAACCAGCUGGUGUACCGAGGAGUUGUUCUUAUUUUAUUUUUUUAUUUCUUUUGCUUUUUAUUUAAUCUCUUUUUUUCCCCUCCCACUCUCAUAAAGGCAUCACAUUCGGAUUAUUACCUUGGAUAAGGACACUAUCUUAGAAGACUUUGGGUUGUUGUGUUUAUUUUUUUAUUUACUGGACAUCUGAUGGAGCGGUCAAGCUUUGCCCCCUCCAGCAGUCGGACAACGUUGUAUACCUUUUACCUGCCAUAAAUGUACAAUCAUCUGCAGUCCAUCCUGGAGUCGGAACAAGUCUCGUGGGUUUCGCAGCGUCGACGCUUAUAGUCCGGUUCGGCCACAUCCACGCCGAAGAAGACAAACUGUUCAGAAAACACGUGAGCUCGGACACUUUUUAGGUCUUCAAAAAUAGAUUUACAGAGGAACUAUUUUUUCUUUAGCCUGGUUAUAAAGGUGAAGCUUCAUUUCUCUUAUCUUGUUUGGUUGUUCAUGGCACUAACUCUCCCCGCGCUCCCCUGCUGUGAACUCCCAGAGCAGAUUCCCCAUGUUUAUCGAUUGUGUCAAUAGUAAGUUCUUGUAUUGAUGUGGCAUGCCAUGUAAAUAUGCAUUUUCAAGUGAGUGCGGAAAAGAAUAAAGAGGCACUGUUUCAUAUC